GUGCUCGCAGUGAGUGAGUUGAGUUCAUUUUGUUUACAAGUGCUGUGCAGUUUUAUUGGCGCACGUGUUUUGUAAAAUUAUUUGAAAUUCUGUAAUUUUUACGGUGAAACGCACAAAAAUAGACGUAGAAUGGAAGGCGUUUCGAAAAUAUUUGGCGGUGUGAUGGAUGCCAAGGAAGGAAACGUAAGAAAUUUGCUUUCGGCAUUGGACGAACAUCAAUCUCUGUGGACCGAGCCACAACAUGAGCUUCAAUUCUACUUCUCAAAAAUCGGCACCCUUUUGGGAACGGCCCCAACCCGCGACCGUGGUCUCAUCGCUCUCAGUCACCUGGUUCCGCAAUGUCCGCUGGACAUCCUGGAGGAAAAACUGCAAUACUAUGUCAGCGUGUGUUCUAAAAUCUGCAACCAGAAGGGUCACGUUGCCAGCAUACCGCUAGCAUACAACGUUCUAAAGCAACUACUGCUGAAAUCGUUAGAGUCCUCCGAUUUGAACAAACUCGCUAUCAGCGCCAUUCCGAAACUGAUGGACAACAUCACCAGCUCGAUCGAUCCAUCGACGCACGCCUCAACCCUCGAUUUCCUAGAAACGUCUAUGCUACAUUAUCCGGGAGUCACCGGUUCUGCCAAGACUCGUAUCGAAGACUUCCUGUACUCUUUGGUUGAUUCCGAAGAUCCUUUGGUGGUCGAACGAACUGGUCGUUGCCUGGUUCAGUUGCAGCAAAUACGUGGCGGUGGUCAGCACGGGAGUCUUCACAAAAAGACCUGGGAUGAAUACCAGUGCAAGUUGGUUGAUACCGUUCACGACCUGCUGGGGAAGGUAUUUGCCCAUACUCCGGAGACUUUUGAUUUGGAUGAAAAUUUAGAAUGCCUGAAAUUACCUAAACUUGUGAUCGACGAUGAACCGGUCGUAAUCGCUCGAAGAGUUGUCAAUCGUUUGUUGAAUUUGAUCAGUUAUUUGGAGGAAGCAAUCGUUCAACCCUACCCGGUAGCAAAGCCGUUUCGUCCCAUGAAAUUGUUGAACGUGGUGAUUCGAGGACAUUCGGUAAGCUGUCAGGGCAUGGCGAAGAACACCAUACAGGAGAAUCUUGCGUUCGGCAUGUUGCUGCCGCAAAUUCAGGUGCAGUUGUUGAAGGUUCUGGAUGCGUUGGUUUUGGUUCUCAAGUCUAACAUGAUUCCGUUUGGAAAUUUGAUAACGGAUCUAUUCGACCAGUGUCUCAAAGGUACUCUUACUUCGAAUGCAAAGGGGCGCAAGAAGAACUACAUCGCGUUACGCUCGAAGGCUUACGAAAGUAUUGGACUGUGGUGCGAAACGACCAAAUAUGCCAGUGGCAUUGAGGAAUGUACGGAUAGUUUGUUAGAGCAUAUUGUUAAAGAUGUGGCUCCUUUCGAAUCAGAGGUGACAUUGCAGGUGAACGCCAGUCGUCAAAAAUUAUCUGCCAAGGCUAAAAAGAAGCUCCAGAAGGAACAGAACGCUGCCACAUCAUUGGCCAAAACUCAUUCUACAAAUUCUUUCGAGAAUUCAAAACAUCUUCAGUCGGACUUUGGGAAUGAAACACUUUGUUUAGCUGCUCUUCGUUGCUUGGUUAAAAUUUUGAAUGCUGCCGGAUGCUUCAUUAAACCAAUCAUGCAAAAGCUCAUUCAGGAGAAAAUAGUGUCUCUUUGUUUUUCAGUUUUUUCACAGUUAAAUACGGGAAUACGUCAAAAUCUUUACUUUGAACCCAAUUGUCGCAAAGCCUUGCUGUCGGCUCUUCAUGCUAUGAUAAUUAACCCACACCAUCUGUGUCCACCUCCCUUGCAAUACGGAGUGCAUUUGUUCAGUGUGGUCCAGGUCCAGGAUCCCAGCGGUGACGUACGUGCACGAGCUUCAGAGCUUUGCCGUUCGACCGAAGUGUUGGUCCACCCACGAAAGGAAGUUUUCUAUUUUCCUGUGGAAGAGAAUGCUUUCAAAGAUAUGAUGGCCGCCAAGAGGAAGCAUCCUUUAAAUAGCCAAUUCUUCUCAGCCAAACGAUCCUAUGACGCCAACAAAAAUCCCAAUAGUUUCGAAAAGAAGGUGAACAAUGUGGAAGUUGAACCGACGAUGGCAGAUGUGGAGGAACCGGUAGAGGAUAGUGAAGGCCAUGAGCCAAUAGCAAUAGUUGAGGAGGUGACUAUUGUAGACAAAAAGUCUCCGGAUGUUGUUUACAAUCUAAAUGAUAGUGAAAAUGGACGUAAUUUCAAUAGUGGUAAGCUUCAAAAGUCGUUAAAUAAUAAAACUGUGGAAUCGUCAACAAUCGAAAUAGUUUCCGGUGAAGAAGAUAGUGAAGUGGAAUUGGUUGAUGCAGUCGAUGUUCUUGGGAAACCCAAAGAAAAUGUGGAAGUAAAAGCUAUCUCAUCGGAAAAAAAUGUUAAGAAAAAUGAUAAUUCGGAGUGCUCAGAAGCCUCUCCAAAACGGCAAUCAGAAGCCGGAGCUCAAGCAGAAAAUAACGUAACGAGUGGGAAGAAAUUAAAACAGAAUCCUGAAAUGCAAGACGUUGAUGCUCGCGUCGAUUCGUUAGUAGCUGAAUUUGUGGACGAGUUGAAUGACGACGUUUGAAAGGUUCGUAUAUGAUGUUAUACUUAAUAUAAUAACUAACGAAAUUA